AUGGACAACACCAACUGGACGUCCAUCUCCCAGUUCAUGCUCCUGGGCCUGUCUGAACUCCAGGACCUACAGCCGCUGAUCUUCACAGGGUUCCUGGUCACCUAUCUGGUGAACCUAGUUGGCAACUCUAUGCUUGUGGGGCUGGUGUGGACCGACCCCCAGCUCCAAAUCCCCAUGUAUUUCCUCCUCAGCCAACUUUCCAUGGUGGACAUGGGCAUGGUCUCCAUCAUCCUGCCCCAGGCCAUGGUGCACACCCUGAGCCAGCACCAGGCUAUCCCUUUCAUCAGCUGCAUGACCCAACUCUUCAUCUACGUGGUAAUUGGCAACAUGGAUGGCUACCUGCUGGCUGCCAUGGCCUACGACCGCUAUGUGGCCGUGUGCGACCCACUGCGCUACACCGCCGUGGUGACACGGUCUCUCUGCCUCAAGAUGACGGCUGCUUCAUUGGCCGUGGUGAUCCCACACUCCCUGCUGCACACCGUCAUGGCUGCCCAGCUGCGUUACUGCGGCAACCGCCUGCAACAUUUCUUCUGUCACAUGCAAUCUCUGAUGAGUCUCUCCUGCACCCGUUCCUUCACCAAGGAGAUGGUGAUCUACAACGAGGCUGCAUUGGUGGUGGGGGCCCCUUUUGCCAUCAUCCUGGCUUCCUACGCCCGCAUCGGGGUGGCCGUGGCCCGUCUGCGCUCUGCCCAAGCCCUGCGCAAGGCCCUGUCCACCUGCGGCUCCCACCUGACAGUAGUGACGCUUACAUACGGCAGCGUAGCCUGGCUCUACUUCCGCCCAGACUCCGGCAACACCCCAGGGCAAAAACAGCAAGUGACCUUCUUCUACACCUCGGUUGUGCCCACCCUGAACCCCCUCAUCUACAGCCUAAGGAACAAGGAUGUGGCUGCAGCUCUGAGGAGGGCCAAGAGGAAGGUUCUGACUUGGAGCAAGUGA